CGCCCCCAGUGUCUAGGAGGCAGCGGGUCUUCCCCAGCACCUGAGGUCAGAGGUCAACAUGACCCAAAUCCCCUUGGGGGGCGGUGACAGGAAGGCCUGGACCCCGCCCCCAGGGAGAAGCCCCACCCCCUUCGCUGGGCAAGCCGUCGUGACUAAUGCCGCCCCCGUCACGUGAUAGCAGCGGCUUCCCGGAAGCGCCUCGGGGUUGGCGAUCACGUGGCGGGGGCGGGACUCUCCCUGGUGACGCCGGCGGCCCGCAGCCAAUCGGUUGGCGGCGCGGCGCGGGGCGGCCGGCGCGGAGUGCGGAGCGGAGGCUGGCGGCGAUGCAGCUGUGGCUGGGCCUGGCGCUGUGGCUGGGAGCACUGGGCCCGCUCCUGGCCCCGGGGUCGGCAGGGGCUGAGGGGCCGCGCAAGCUGCAGAUCGGGGUGAAGCGGCGGGUGGAGAACUGUGGCCUGCGCUCCCGCAAGGGCGACGUCCUCACCAUGCACUACACGGGCCGGCUGGAGGACGGGUCCGAGUUUGACAGCAGCCUGGGCCGGGCACAACCCUUUGUCUUCUCCCUGGGCACCGGGCAGGUCAUCAAGGGCUGGGACCAGGGGCUGCUCGGGAUGUGUGAAGGUGAGAAGAGGAAGCUGGUGAUUCCCUCAGAACUGGGCUAUGGGGACAGGGGCGCACCCCCAAAAAUUCCAGGUGGUGCAACGCUGGUGUUCGAGGUGGAGCUGCUGAAGAUUGAGCGGCGCCCGGAGCUGUAGGGGGGGCAAGGGCAUCCCCCAAGUGGGGGCAGAGCUGCUGCUGACUGCACCCCAAUAAAUGGACUGGCCAGA